AUGCAACAACAACAACUGCAACAACAACAUCUGCAACAACAACAUCUGCAACAACAACAACAACUGCAACUUCAGUUUCAGCUGCAGCAACAACAACAACAUCAUCAUGCGACAGCAGCAAUGACAACAAAUUCACCAGCUACAGCUACAACAACAUCUACAAACAACCUCAGCAACAAUUUUCGGCCACAAUUAACCAAUGAUCGUAAUGCAAAUCGUAAUACAAUGCCCUAUACUUUUGCCAGCUGGCGCAACGGAACCUAUUGUUAUCGCUAUAGCGCCAACAGCAGCGGCAAUAGCAACAAUAGCAACAUCAUCAACAACAACCACAACAAUAACCACAGCAACAACAACAUCAGCAUGAACAACAAUAGCAACAGCAACAACAACAACAACAACAGCAGCGACAAGAAUUCGUUCUCUAAUGAAAAUAAUAACUAUUCCAAAGUUGAACUGGUCGAAAGGCUUUUCAUGUGGCAACAACAAAAACGAAAAGCUUAGCAACAACAAAAACAACCACAACAACAACAACAUGGAUCAACUUUUUAUAGGAUGGACUUGGGUAAUGAAUUUCCUCCACAUGCUUAGUGAAGCAAAGCCCCAGCAAAAAAUAAUUAUAAAGAUAUACAAACAUGCAUAUGGAGAGUAAAAAAAAAAACGAAAAAAUAGCAAACAGAAAAUGUAAGAAAAAGUAAGUCAGUG